AGAGGCGCGAGGGGGCGGGCGGCAGCGGCCGCGCAGGCGCACUGCUGCCCGGAGCGCCCCUGGUCGCCUCACCCCCUCAGCCUCGACGGAGCGCGCGCGCCAUGGACGUGAAGCGGCUGAAGGUGACGGAGCUGCGGGCCGAGCUCGGGCGGCGGGGCCUGGAUUCGCGCGGCCUGAAGGUGGAGCUGGCCCAGCGCCUCCAGGAGGCCCUCGACGCCGAGAUGCUGGCCGCCGGGCCCGAGGAGGCCGGGGCGGAGCCGCGCAGGGCGGCCGGGCAGGGCCUCGGCGGCGGCAGCGGCAGCAGGGCCCGCCUGAGGGUCGGAGGAGGAGAAGGCGGCGGGGAGGACGACGACGAGGAGGAGGAGGAGGAGGAAGACGAAGAGGAUGAAGACGAGGAGGAGGAGGACGAGGAGGCGCUGCUGGCCGACGAGGAGGAGCUGCCGGCGCCGCUGGCCGGGCAGGCCCAGCCCCAGCCCCCUCCGCAGGCCGGCCAGCAGGGCGAGGCCCAGGCCGGCAGCAGCGGCGGCGACGGAGGGGGAGGAGUCAACGGCGCCCAGGCGGCCCCCGAGGAAGCCGAAGCCGCCGCCGCCGCAGCAGCCGCCGUCCCAGGAGGGCCUGCGCAGGAGGAGGAGGAGGCGGCGGCGGGCGGCGGCGAGGCCAAGCAGGGAGAAGGCCCGGAGGCAAAUGAAGAAGAUGAGAAAGCCAAGCAGGCUGGUCCGGAUGGGGAACGCCGUGGGCUGAAAAGACAGCGGGAAGAGAAAGAAGAGCACGGCCGUGCCUAUUAUGAAUUCCGGGAGGAGGCGUACAAUAGCCGAUCCAAGUCACCGCCACCACCAGAAGAGGAGGCUAGAGAAGAGGACGAUGAGACUGCUGUGAUCUUGGACACAGCUACCUCUGACCUCCACUUCCGAGCCACCAAGGACCGUUUCGGCGGGCAGCCUCUGUUCUCUGAGAAAUUCCCCAACCUGUGGUCUGGGGCGAGAAGCACACAUGGCGUGACCAAGGGGAAGGUCUGCUUUGAGGCAAAGGUGGCACAAAACCUCCCGCUGAAGGAAGGCUGCACAGAGACUCCGCUGCUUCGCGUGGGAUGGUCUGUCGUCCUCUCUCGUUCACAGCUAGGCGAGGAUGAGUUUUCUUAUGGCUACGAUGGACGAGGGCUGAAGGCUGAAAAUGGGCAAUUCGAAGAAUUUGGCCAGCCGUUUGGGGAGAAUGAUGUGGUCGGUUGCUUUGCUAACUUUGAGAGCGAAGAGGUGGAGUUGUCCUUCUCCAAGAAUGGGGAGGACCUGGGCGUGGCCUUCCGGAUCAGCAAGGAAGCACUGGGCGAGAGGGCUCUGCUGCCACAUGUGUUGUGCAAAAACUGCGCCGUGGAGCUGAACUUCGGCCAGAAAGAGGAGCCUUUCUUCCCGGCUCCUGAGGGCUACGUGUUUAUUCAUGCCGUCCCUGUUGAAGAUCGGGUGCGCACGCCCCUGCCGCCCAAGACCACAGAGGAGUGCGAGGUGCUGUUGAUGGUUGGACUGCCAGGAUGUGGGAAAACCCACUGGGCACAGAAGCGCACCCAGGAGAACCCAGAAAAGCGAUACAACAUCUUGGGGACAGACACUGUUCUCUACCAAAUGAGGACAAAGGGUCCCGAAGUGGAGGAAGUCCUGGACACCAAGAGCCGUGAUGUGCUCACUCAGCAAGCUGCCCGCUGUGUCAGCAAGCUGGUGCAGAUUGCCCCUCGGACAAAGAGGAACUUCAUUCUCGACCAGUGCAACGUGUACAAUUCUGGCCAGCGGCGGAAGCUGCUGAACUUCAAGGGGUUCUCGCGCAAGGUGAUGGUGCUUGUUCCCAACGAAGAGGACUGGAAGCAGAGGCUGGAGCUGAGGAAGGAGGCUGAGGGGGAGGACGUGCCUGAGUCGGUGAUGCUGGAAAUGAAAGCCAACUUCUCUCUCCCGGAGAAGUGUGACUACAUCGACGAGGUCCUGUACCAAGAGCUGGCCAAGGAGGAGGCUCAGCCCCUGGUCACCAAGUACAAAGAGGAGGCCAGGAAGCUGCUCCCCCCUUCGGAGAAGCGGACGAACCGGCGCAACAACCGCAACAAGCGCAACCGCCAGAACCGCAACCGUGGCCAGGGCUAUGUUGGUGGCCAGCGCCGAGGUUACGACAAUCGGGUCUAUGGGCAGCAGCGGCAGCAGCAGCAGCAACAACAGUACUGGGGGCAACCUGGAAACCGAGGCGGUUACCGCAACGUUUACGAGAGCUACAGGGGGGACUACAACCGGUUCUACGGCCGCGAUUACGAGUACAACAGAUACAGAGACUACUACAGGGACUACAACCGGGAGUGGCAGAACUACUACCAAGACAGAGACCGAUAUUACAGGAACUACUACGGAUACCAGGGGUACCGGUGAAACCCCGGCCGUCUCCACCCUUCAGCCACGCAGGGAGACUGCAGAGGGGGAGUCAGUGCUGCUUCCCCAGACGACACAACCAAUGGAAACAGGGCUGUUGGGGGAAAUGGCAGUGGUGGUGAGGGGGUGGGAGGGUAAGGUUUAAAAAAAAAAAAGAAAGAAAUUGUAAAUUUUUUUUAAAGUUUGUUGAAAAGAAUAUUGUCUUAUUCUAUAAAAAAAGAGAAAAAAACAUUUCAAACCUAGUUUAGACAUUUGUAAUCAAAAUGUUUGCUCCAAGAGGAGAGCAGCACUUCAUGUUGCCUGUGAUUGGACAGGAAGCCGUGACAUCCUAGAGCAGCGGCACUGGCAGCCAGGCAGGGGCAGGGCUGGGAAGGGCGGCGUGCAGGGCAGUGGGCGGCCGUGCGUGGGGUGGGGUGGGGGGCGCAUCUUUCGACUUCUCGCGCAAAGAACACACUCACUGAAGGGUCUUGUUAGCCUCUCUGGUUUUUUUGGUUUUUUUUUUUUUGGUGGUUUUAAAACUCUCUUCCUUUAGGGUGGACAGGGAAAUGUUUGCCAUCUGGGAGCCACUGAGAGCGAGCUGGAGGUGCUCCUCUUUCCCUGCCCUUCCAGAGUUUGGCCUGUGUUUUCAGACAGUGAAUUGCUGGGAGGCCUUUGGGACGUCACCUCUCCCAGGCCAGAGGCUUCUCUUGAGCUUCUCCCUUCCCCACUCUAGUCCCACCUUGGCAUCUUAGCAGAGUAUUUGUCAGCCAUCUGCUAAGAGGGAGCACGAGGAGGACUCUGGGUUGGCCCGGCGCCUGGGUCCUCGUGCGUCUCUGGCCAAAGCAGGCUGCCUGGAGUGGGGGGGUGCCCCUUUGCACCCCUUGGCCCUCCUCUCCCCCCCCCGAGGUUCAGCUUGGCCCCCUUCUCACCUCUGUAUCGUGUCUCUCUUCUUUCUAGUGGAGUGGAAGGAACGUUUUUCUCAGGGUUUCUGCAGGAUCUCCUUAAUGUGAGCACCCAAUGUGUAUAUAGGCAAAACUGCACGCAUGCAGCCAUCACCGUUUGAGGAGCGUAGUGCUGAGAAGAGCAGCCAUUUUAUACAAGCGGGGGGGGGGCUCUGAUCAUUCUGUGCUUGUCUUUUUGAUAAACAGGUAGCCUCUGUAAAUAGGAAAUGAGGGAGGGAGGAGCUGCGCUGGUUGGGGGGCAGGGAGGGGGGCAGGUGUGUGGGUCCCUUGCUGGAACGUGUUGGCUUUCUGAUUUGGCCCUGGGGAUUCUGUUUGAUUUUUCAAGGAGGGUGGGUGAUAUAUCUCCCCCCCGCCCGGGUUUCUGUUAAAUUGCUCCUCUUUCCCCUUCUCUCCCCCACCGCCCCGGUUGGUGCUCCCUGCUAUAACGAAGCAUCUUCUCCAGUGUUGGUCCAGAUCUGCAGAGGGUAGGAAAAGAUCCUUUUGCAGCCCGGCUGGGUGGGCUCCAUGGCUGGUAUCCUUUUUCUCUGGGGUGGGUGGGGUUAUUUUUCUUGCCAUUGAUGCUUGGGGGUCGAUUAAUUUGCUUCCUCAUCAGUCUCUCUUCACAGAACACAGAAGGGGUGGGGGCUUUCAGACAUUACUCUGUAAAUUAACCCCCCCCCCCUAUUUCUUGGCUCCCGUCUGUCUCCUGCUUGGCUGAUUAUGUCUGAUUCCCAGCCAAGGGACUGAAGAUGAGCCUCUGUUCCUUGUGAUUCACUGUUUGAAAUUCAAACUUUUAAAUUUUAUUUUUCAUUUAAAAGGUUGGUGGGGGUGUUUUUUUCUUUAAUAGUAUAGACACUUGCAUUCUCUUGCCAGCCUUCACAAGCAGCUCUGUCCCUGUCAGAAGAUUCAUUCUUGUAUCCCAGACACACAAAAACAUUUGGGUGUGGGGGAAGCCUGCCAGCUCCAGAAGGCAUUGAUCCUUCAAGAGGGGGCUGUUGCGGGCUGAGGGCAUGGGGUGGAGGGAGGGCAGCAGCUGCUAACCCCCAGCCCUCUGGAGGAGCGAGAGAAAAGCAGGAUAUUCUCCUCUCUCCAUGCAUGUGUGUAUUCAGAAUGUGUGAUUGUGUGACAACUGUUUUUAUAACAAAGUUAACUGGUAUUUUAAAUUCUUCAGGCCACUAGAAAAUAUUCUUCUGGGGAAGAAGGGGAGGGGUGUGUGUGUGAGAGAGAGAAAGAGAGCGCGAGAGCACAGAUACCUUCCGUCUCUGAGCCCUCGCAUGGGUGCUUGGUGGUGUGGGCUGUUGAUCAUGGGCAGCGGGCUUUCCAGCAGAUGGAGCACCGGCAGCAGUGGGGCAGGCCCAUGGGUCCUCCCUUCCCUCUCUGGGGAUCACAGGCCAGGGGUCCGGGUUUAGCUUCAGUACCUUCGGGAAGCUGCCAUCGCUGAGUGGAAUUGCGUUUGGAACUCUGGUCCUUUUGAAAUAGAACCCAACACGGAAGGAAAUGUCUCAAAGCUGCCGCAUCCUUAGACCAUCAGACCGAGAGAUCUUAGCAACUUAGUAGAUGUCUUCUUUUUUCUGCACAUUUUUUGUUAAUAAAAAAAGGAAAAGGAAAAAAAAUUAAAUGGUAAAAAAGUCCAAAAAAAAAAAAAAAAAAGGAAAUCCAGCCUGUUUAAAACUUGUUAGUGUUUUUCAUGAUUCUGUGUCUUAGUUGCUGUAGAUGGGAAGCUCGCGCGAACCGGAGGCUGUCAAAUGUUUUUACAAGCUGUAAAACGUUGAAGUGGCCAGUAAAAGGGGUUUUGCCAUUGAACAUGUAACUGUGUGGUUGUUUACAUCUGUAACUUUCUUUCCUUAACAAUUCUGGCAUAUGUAGGUUGAUAAACUUCCAUUUUUAGAAUAAAUAACCAUUCGCUUGACUCCA